AAAAAUGUAGAAGUGGGGGUAAUAAUAUUUUCUUUUCCAACGCCGCCGCCUGCUCCCGAAACCCUAUCGGUUUUUAAACCCUGCAUCUCAGGAAUUAAUACCUUUGCACCACGAACAGCAACAAAUCUUGCUAGACAAACGGCAUCUCAAGAUGGGUAUACCUAGCUUCUACCGAUGGGUGCUCGAUAGGUACCCUCGUUGCGUUGAGGUGGCUGUAGAGGAAACUCCCACCGUCGUCAACGGCGUUACCGUUCCAAUUGGUAUCACCGCACCGAACCCUAAUCGCUAUGAAUUCGAUAAUUUAUAUCUCGACAUGAAUGGGAUUGUACACCCUUGUUUUCAUCCAGAAGGCUUGCCUCCCCCAGAGACCUAUGAUGCAGUGUUUAUGGCGGUAUUUAAGUAUAUUGAUAAGAUCGUUACGGUCAUCAGACCUCGGAAGCUUUUAUUUAUGGCUAUUGAUGGAGUUGCGCCACGAGCCAAAAUGAAUCAGCAGCGGGCAAGGCGUUUUAGAGCUGCUAAAGAUGCAGCUGAUGCGGCUUCUGGAAUAGAAAAUAUGAAGGGGUCCAAUGGGGAAAAUUUGGAUGCAAGAAGACUGGAUUCUAAUGUAAUCACACCUGGAACUGAAUUCAUGGCUAUGUUGUCGUCUGCGCUACAAUACUAUGUAAGGAUAAGGAUGAAUGAGGAUCCAGGAUGGCAGGGAAUCAAGGUUAUUCUCUCUGAUGCUACUGUUCCUGGUGAAGGAGAGCAUAAGAUAGUGUCGUACAUUCGUUUGCAAAGGAAUCUGCCUGGGUUUGAUCCUAAUACAAGGCAUUGCUUGUAUGGAUUGGACGCAGACCUGAUCAUGCUUGCGCUGGCUACCCAUGAAGUUCACUUCACAGUUCUAAGAGAGGAUGUCCGCAAAGCAGAGUCCAAUAAUAGGCAUUUAAAAUAUGUGAAGCCCUUCCAUGGUUCACAAUUUGGCGAGGAGUUUGAAAAGUUCAUAUCAGAACAGAAGUUUCAGCUUUUCAGAAUAUGGGUACUCAGGGGCUAUCUAGCUCACGAUUUACAAAUACCCGAUUCUGCAUUUAAGAUAGACCUAGAACGAGCAAUAGAUGAUUUUGUAUUCAUGUGUUUAUUUGUUGGGAAUGAUUUUUUACCACACAUGCCUUCAUUGGAAAUAUCCGAGGGGGCAAUUGACUUGCUAAUAAAUGUUUACAAGAAGGAAUUUGUCCAAAUGGGUGGUUACCUCACUAAUUCUGUCAAGGUUAAUUUGAAAAGGGUGGAACAUUUUAUACAAGCUGUUGGUUCGUAUGAGAAUAUAAUUUUCAGAAAGCGUAUACAGGAAAAAAAGAAAUGGGGGAGGUCAAUGCAACAUCGUUCAACUAAUUCAGAUCCUAAAUGGAAUCCAAAUAAAAGCCCUGCAAAUUACAAAGCUGUUGUGGAGCAUGACAAGAUUAAAUUAGGGGAAGACGGAUGGAAAGAAAGAUAUUAUACUGAGAAGUUUGGGGUUGAAACUGUGGAAGACUGUGAGAUUGUUCGUAGGAAUACAGCUUUGAAAUAUGCUGAAGGGAUAUGCUGGGUGAUGCAUUAUUACUACCAAGGAGUCUGCUCAUGGCAAUGGUUUUAUCCUUACCACUAUGCUCCCUUUGCAUCUGAUUUUCAUGGGUUUGAUAAGCUUGAUACCACUUUCACACUAGGAAAGCCAUUCAAGCCUCUUGAUCAGUUGAUGGGUGUCCUUCCUGCGGCAAGUGCACAGGCACUUCCUCUUUCAUACAUGAAGUUAAUGACAGAUCCACUAUCCCCUAUUUUGGACUUUUACCCGGCUGAUUUUGAGCUUGACAUCAAUGGGAAAAGGCAUUCAUGGCAGGCUGUAUGUAAAUUACCAUUUAUUGAGGAAUACCGUCUUCUCUCAGAGAUAUCAAAAUUAGAGAACACAUUGACGGACGAGGAAAAGAAGCGGAACAUUCUCGGACUCGAUAUGCUUUUUGUUCAUAGAUCAUAUCCUUUAGCUGGAAGGGUCUUAUCAUUCUAUCACCGAAAUGAGAACAAUCCAAUGUUGAUGAAGACAAAAGUGAAAAGGAAAAUCAACCCUAACUUCAGCCAUGGAAUGAAUGGAUACAUUUAUAUUUCUGACAAGCCUGUAUGUCCUAAGAAGAUAAAAUCACCAAUCAAUGGCAUAGUAGACUUGAUAAGAAACAACAAAGUAAUAUGUGUGUUUUAUAAAGUCCCUGCCUUUCAUCCUCACAUUACCAGACUGCCAGACGGAGUAGUUUUACCUGUUGAGGCUAUCAAAGAGCAUGAUGUCUUGCCGCCCCCAAUGUUGUGGCAUGAAAUAACUGCUAUUACCAGACAGAGACACACCAGAAGGCCUAUUCCUCCGAAGUCUAUAUCAGGGCCUCGUUUGGAAAUGUUUGCUCAUCGCCUUGUGAAAAAACUUGUUUUGAAGAAGCAAGAAAAUGGGGUUCCCGAGGCAGUUCUAGAAGCACUUUUGACAACCAAGACUAGUCAUGACAAUGAAAUCCCUGAUGAUGCCUGCAAGAAGAGGAAGCGUUCCAGUAUGAAAAUAAAGAAUCUUAAGAAAAAAAAUAAAAAAAAUAGGAUUCACGAGGCAGUGAAAACACCUCUGACAAUCCAGACAUGUUCUCACAAUGAAAUCCUUGAUGAUGACCAUCAUCAUGUCUCAGAAAAUGUUGUUGUGAAGAAUCAACGAGAAAUUGAGGUUCACGAAUCAGUGCAAACAUCUUCUUUGACAAACCAGACAUCUCCUGGCAGUGAAAUCCUUGGUGAUGCAUGCCGGAAGAUGAAGUGUUCCACAGUUGAAAGAAAGGAGAAAUGCAAGACUAAAAAACAAAAAGUUGGGGUUCAGAAUGCAGUGCCUGCAACAAGUGCCUUGUUAGUAAACCUUGUUGUAAAUAAGCAGCAGGAAAAUGAGGUCCAUGAGGCGGUGCAAACACCUUUGACAAAGAAGGCAUGUCCUAAUAAUGAUAUCCUUGAUGAUCAUCACCGUUGUCUUGUCUCUGGAAAUCUUUCUGCGAAGCAACAAAGUGAGAUUCAUGAGGCAGUGGAAGCAGCACCUUUAACAAACCCGACAAGUCAGGGCAAUGAAAUUGUUAAUGAUGACCAUAGUCUUGCCUCGGAAAAUGUUGCAAAAAAUCAACGAGAAAAUGAUGUUCGCGAUGCAGUGCAUGUAGCACCUUUAACAAACCAAACAUUUCCUGACAAUAAAAUCAUUGAUGAUGUCCAUCAACUUGUUUUGGACAAUGUUGUGAAGAAGCAACAAGAAAUUGGGGUUCAUGAGACAUUAAAAGCAGUGCCUUUGAGAAACCAGGCAUGUCCUGAGAAUGAAAUCCUUGAUGAUUAGCGCAUGAAGAGGAAUUGGGCUAGUGUUAAAAAAGGACAAGCGCAAGAGAAACAAAAUAAAGUAGGUAUGAUGAUAUUAGUUAUCUCUUCACUGGUCGGUUCUUUGCUGAGCAAUACGAAACACUCCAACAAAGAUUCCAACUUUGAAUCAUAUGCAGCUGAUGCUUCACAAAAUUAUCCUUUUUUUUUCUCCAGUCAUUCUCAAAGUGAAAUUGGGUUAUUCGUGUUGUAUGCUUUUAGCUACCUAUUUCUUCAAUAUAAUUACGUCAACCCUUUUCAUUCAUUCAAUGACAGCCCAAAGACACAUACCAAAAGUUAGUCAUUUUGGUACGCUCUAAGUUUUGCAAGCCAAUAUAGAGCUUAUGUAAUGUUCGGACUAUAUCAUUUUCAAAUUUGUUGUAAUUUCUCAACUUGGUAAAAAUUAUGUAAUAUCUGUCCUGAUUGUUAUGA